AUGAAUGUUUGGAUCUCUUUGACCAACAAUCGUAGUGAAACGAUCAAGGGGAGUGAAAGAAGUCAACGAGUGAAGACAUCCAACAAAGAGGGUGGAAGAAAGAAAUCCCGGUUCCCGGCGCUAGACUAUUUCGGGACUGGUCAGGGCAUGACGCAAGGGAUUUCUCGCACCUCAGGCUUCCACUCUCGGGCCGCAACCACAGCAGUUUGCCCAGGAACUCAGGGUACACUGGCGCCUACUGAAUCCGAGUACCACCAGGCCUGUCGACCUGGGGUUGUACCACCAAAGGAGUCAUUAUUCUCUCUCCAGCCGCAUCACAUCCAGAUGUUUUGGACUCGUCGUAGCAAUUUGCUGCCUCGUUUCUUUGUUUGCCUGGUAAUGCCGAUCAACAACGGUCAGGAAAUUAACCCGCGACUAGUGUCCAUCGACUGCGGUGGUCUAGAUGCGCGGCCAGCCGCCGGUACUUCGGCUGACUGGGACUGUACCUCAUUUCCUUCCGAGCCGGGACUUGGACCUAGACAUGGAUCCAGCAAUCUAGCAUGGACCUUGACUCGGACCUCGACUCGGACCUAGACUCGGGCUUAGGUCACCUGUCCUCUGUAUCGCGCCAGUAUGCCAGGUCACCAAGCAGGUCAAUUCAGAACCGGCAUCUUCUGUCAGAAGGAUGGACCUGGGGCUAAGCAGAGUCAGCUUCGGAUACCAUGUCUGAUGACCUCUCCUCUAACCAACAAUGAUUUG